AUGCAAGAACUGGAAGAGCCCCGAGCGGGCAUCUAUAGAAGUGAGGAGAUGUGCUUAGCACAACUCUUCUUGCAGUCGGAAGCAGCGUACCAAUGUGUAGCUGAGUUGGGGGAGCUGGGUCUUGUUCAAUUUCGCGAUCUCAACUCUGAGGCUAGCGCUUUCCAACGUAAAUUUGUGAGCGAUGUUAGACGCUGCGAUGAGAUGGAAAGAAAACUAAGGUAUUUGGAGAGAGAGAUCAAAAAGGAUCAAAUACCAAUGCUAGACACUGGAGAAAACUUUGAUGCACCUCAGCCUCGCGAAAUGAUUGACCUUGAGGCUACUUUCGAAAAGCUGGAAAACGAAGUGCGUGAAGUUAAUCGUAAUGAAGAGACGCUGCGUAAAAACUUUUCUGAAUUGACUGAAUUGAAACAUAUUCUACGAAAGACUCAAAUCUUCUUCGAAGAGGCGGGAGCUGAGAAUAUGAUUCCUCCUGGCGAUGCCUCUGAUCCUGAAACUAUGGAACUAACAUCCGCACCAGUAGCAACUGGUACCAUGUUUAACAAUUUUGGAUUUGUUGCUGGUGUUAUCCAGAGAGAGCGUCUCCCUGCUUUCGAGCGUUUACUCUGGAGAGCUUGCAGAGGAAACGUCUUCCUCCGAACUUCCGAGAUUGAUGAUGUUCUCAAUGACACAGUCACGGGAGAACCUGUUAACAAAACUGUUUUCAUCAUCUUCUUCCAAGGAGAUCAAUUGAAGACUAAGGUUAAGAAGAUCUGCGAAGGUUUCCGUGCAACGUUAUAUCCAUGCCCUGAUACCAACCAGGAGAGAAGAGAAAUGUCCAUUGGAGUUAUGACUCGUAUUGAAGACUUGAAAACUGUCUUGGGGCAAACUCAGGACCAUCGUCAUCGUGUUCUGGUGGCAGCCUCAAAGAAUGUACGUAUGUGGUUUACCAAGGUCCGUAAGAUCAAGUCCAUCUACCACACUCUCAACUUAUUCAAUAUCGACGUCACUCAGAAAUGUCUGAUUGCCGAAGUUUGGUGUCCCGUUAAGGAGUUGGACAGAAUCCGAAUGGCUCUCAAGAGAGGAACGGAAGAGAGUGGAAGUCAAGUUCCAUCUAUUCUUAACCGAAUGGAGACUACAGCUUCACCUCCUACGUACCACAAGACUAAUAAGUUCACCAAGUCAUUCCAAGGAAUUGUGGACGCCUAUGGUAUCUCGACAUACAGAGAGAUCAAUCCAGCACCUUAUACGAUGAUAAGUUUUCCCUUCUUGUUCGCUGUCAUGUUUGGUGAUAUGGGACAUGGUGCUCUUAUGCUCUUGGCCGCUCUUUUCUUUAUCAUGAAGGAGAAGCAACUAGAGGCUGCAAGAAUAAAGGAUGAAAUUUUCCAAACAUUCUUUGGUGGCCGUUAUGUUAUCUUCCUUAUGGGAGCAUUUUCCAUCUACACUGGAUUCCUUUACAAUGAUAUGUUCUCCAAGAGUUUCAAUAUUUUCGGAUCUGCUUGGUCGAAUCCAUUCAGUCAGGAAUACUUGAAAUCACUUCAUAACCCUGAGCAAAAUAUAAUGUUGAUCCCUGAAUGGGCUUAUGACAAUGUUUCUGGUCCAUAUCCUAUUGGUGUAGAUCCAGUAUGGAACUUGGCUGAAUCCAACAAGCUCUCAUUCCUCAACUCCAUGAAAAUGAAAUCGUCUGUUCUUCUUGGAAUUGGCCAGAUGACAUUUGGUAUCAUUCUGAGUUACCAUAACCACAUAUAUUUCCAUUCCGAUCUUGACAUCAAAUUCAUGUUCAUUCCUCAAAUGUUGUUCUUGAGUGCAAUUUUCAUCUACCUAUGUCUCCAAAUCAUAGCUAAAUGGAUUUUCUUCACUGCCGAGGGAGGAACUACUGUUCUUGGAUACUAUUACCCAGGAUCUAAUUGCGCCCCAUCUUUGCUUAUUGGCUUAAUUAAUAUGUUCAUGAUGAAGUCUCGUGACGGUGGAUAUGUGGAAGGAAAUGAACCUGGAGGAGCUCAAUUGGGACUCUGCUAUCUGAACUUAUGGUAUCCUGGACAGUCUUUCUUUGAAACAGUUUUUGUACUGCUCGCACUCGCGUGCGUACCAGUCAUGCUUUUCGGUAAACCUUAUAUGCUUUGGAAAGCUGACAAAGAUCGUCGCACUGCUGGACAUCAGCAAUUGAGCGUUAGAGCUGAUAUUAACGGUGAAGAGGUUGAAGUAGUUCAUCAUGAACCUAAGUCUGACGCUGGAGGACACGGCCAUGGUGAUGGACCCUUGGAUAUGGCUGAUCUCAUGGUCUACCAAGCUAUUCAUACUAUUGAGUUCGUUUUGGGAUGCAUUUCCCACACUGCCUCAUAUCUUCGUCUUUGGGCUCUUUCAUUAGCCCAUGCACAACUUUCUGAUGUAUUGUGGACUAUGGUAUUCCGUCAUGCUUUCACGCUUGAUGGAUAUGCUGGAGCAAUCGCCACAUAUUUCCUAUUCUUUAUUUUUGGAUCGCUGUCCGUGUUCAUCCUUGUACUGAUGGAAGGACUUUCGGCCUUCUUGCAUGCUCUCCGUCUUCACUGGGUGGAAUUCCAAUCUAAGUUCUACGGAGGUCUCGGACAUGCUUUCCAACCAUUCUCGUUCGAGAAAAUAUUGGAGGAAGAGAGAGAAUUAGAGGAAAACCUGUAG